AUGGUUGCUCUUCAAAAAUUAGUUGUCUCCACCGCAUUGGUAUCUGUUGCCCUUGGAGAUGAGGCACCUGCAAACUUUGAUUCACAUAAGAGAACAGUUGCUAGAGCACAUCUAGAUAAUGGACUUGUAAAAGGUCUAAUUGAAUUCACCUCGACGGAAGAUGGUGUUGUUAAUGUCCAUUUGGACGUAACUGGGUUACCUGAAGGUUUAGGUCCAUUCAAUUAUAGAAUUCAUGAUUAUAAAGUAAAGGGACAUUGUGAACGUGCAGGUGACGUAUUCAACCCCUUUGAUGCCAAUUAUGUAGAAUGUGAUGAUUUAGGAGAUGAUUCUCUUUGUUCUGUUGGUGAUUUAUCAGGUAAACAUGGUGUUAUUAAUACAACUUGUUUUGAAAUUGAAUAUCAAGAUCCAUAUCUAUCAUUAAAUAAAAGAAAUCUUGCUUAUAUUAAGGGGAAAUCUAUAGUUAUCACUGAUUUUGAAAAUAAUAUAAUCUCAUGUGGCGAUAUUAAAUUGAAAAGGGGUAAAAAGUUAAAAAGAGAUUUAAAUAAUCCCAAUCAAUCAAUUCAACAAGAUCAUGAUGAAUUUUUCCCUAAUUUAAUUCCACAAGCCCAGAUUCAAAAUGUAUCUAACAAUUCAACAACAUUUUAUUCCAUCGAGGAAGAACAAGAUGAAAAUGAUCCAAGUGGAGUGGAUGACAAUUUAAAAGACAAAGACAAAGAAGUUACCUUUGAUUCUGGUGCAAAUAAGUUGGGAAUCACAAAGUCGAUUGGUUUACUAGCAUUAGCUGGUUUAAUGGUUUUAAUUUAG